AUGGCGUUAAACAACACAACCGAGAAAGGGGAGCUCGCCCCUCCCAAGGCCGCUGCCACCAGCGAAACUACCAAGAUACUUGAGAAAGCUUCAAGUGACACGCUGUCCCCGGAUAGUAUAGCAGCGGGAGGCCGCGGCGGCCGAAACGGGGGCAGUUCUGGGUUGUCGACGCCGACCAGCGUGACGGGGACACCCCUGAACCCAUUCGACACGGACAUUGAGGCGCAGGCCAAGAUGCAUACCACCGACACACGAGAGCAGACAAGACACUUUCUCGGGCGCUCGUCAACGAAUCUAGCACGUGGUGAGAGCCGCAACGCCGGUUCCAACGAUGACUGCCAGGUCUGGCCUGGUCAGGCUCACUGGAAGAGGAAGCACAAGGCGGCCAAGCGCAAGAACAGGAACUGCAACUGCCUGGCCAGCCUCAGCCGCCGCAAUCGUAUGAUUGUUAAGAUCUUCAUCGGUCUGUUCAUAAUCGCUACAGCAGUCGGUGUCGGCUUCGGCAUCAGCAAACCGCUGGGUGCGCGGAUCUGGAAGCCUAACAACCAAUAG